AUGGCAGAGAUCGGGGAACCGCCCCGGUCUACCACUGCAUCUGAACCCGCUGCAGAAACCCAAAACGAUGAGACACAGUCUGUUGAGCAAACUACGUUUAUUGAACCCGUAGAAUUUGUAAGUGAUAAUGGUGUUGUGCCGGAAUCGGAGCCUGUGGAAGAACCCGAGCCAAUGGAUGAGGAAGCGUCGGUACCACAGACAGACCCAUCUGAGAUAACGUCCGAGACGAUACCGGAAUUUGACCCGACCCCGCUACUUUCGGCGUUCGGGUUACCUGAAGAAGUUACCUCUCUCUUUGAUGAAGAAGUUGAGGCGGAGGACUUUGAAGUGGCGGAGACACAUCUUGUCGAGGCGUUCGGUCAAUCCCCCGAAGUUGAGGAGAUAGUUGACAAACUCAAACAGAUGUCCGGUGGUCCAGUCGAACUUAGCGAUUUAACUGAACUUUUUGAGGCAUGGAUACGGGUUUUGCCUGAGGAAGACCAAGGGAAUCGUCGGCAGUUAAUGAAUGUACUUACACAACUCAAUCAAAUAGGGAUGGCCGGAGUAUACGCGCCGCUUUGUGUUGGUGAAGUGCUGUUCGAGGAUGACUUUGAGAAAAAAGAAAUUGACAAGGGUAAAUGGGUACCUACGGGAGCCUGGGGCUUGGAUGGCGGGACACUGGAAGUUAACGGCGGAGAAGUUGGGAUUACUCUCGGAGAUGACUUCACUGACUUUGAGUUCUAUGUCGACUUUCAUAUGAUAAACCCGCUAUGGGCAGCGAAUUGGGUCGUGCGUGCUGAAGACCCGAACAAUUGCACGUUGGUUCAAGUUGUCGCAGAUAAUCGUAAUCAAUUUUGGUGGUUUACAAGAGUCGGCGGUAACUAUAUCGUUAAUGAUGAGGAUAAGUUGGACAAUGAAUCGGGUCUGCACCCUGAACUUGGCGAAUGGUAUACGAUAAAGAUCGUUGCCGAAGGUGAGCGUUACGACCUCUACUUGGGUGAACAGGGUAAGGAACUGGAGUUAUCUUGCACGUGGAAAGAUAAUACCCAUAACAAGGGCGGCAUAGGUUUCAGAGCAGGCGGCGGUGAACAUUCCCUGUAUGACAAUGUGUUAGUUACAACCGUGGGGCACAGUUUUGCCGUGAAUCCGGCUGAUGCCCUGCCCGUCACAUGGGGAAAACUCAAAACGAUACGAUAAAUUGAGAGG